AUGUAUAAGUUAUAUGUGUUUUUCCUUGUCGUGUUCCUAAUCGGUGAAACCACUUCUAUGAGAAUAAAACGACAAUCACGCAACGAGACUACGACAGCAGAGCCUGAGGCUGCGCAAGUGCAACCUGUGUCACCAAGCUCCUCCACUCCUACUGAAAAUGGACAAAAUACGCAGUCGGAAUCAGACUUACAGGAAUGCAUUCGGAGCUGUCCAGUGACCUCCGAAUAUAAUCCUGUUUGCGGGUCUAAUAGAGUUACCUACUCUAACCCUGGUAGACUCCUGUGUGCCCAAGAGUGUGGUGUCAAUGUAAGCCAGCUCAGAACAUCGCCGUGCUAG